AAAGUUUUGCGUAAAGCCCGAUUCUCAACCAAUUGCUAGAGUUUAUCGAACUGUCGCAGUAAUGAAAGGAAUUAUUUUGUUGUUAACGUGUUUGGUGUAUUGUUCGAAUAUCGGUUCGAUACGCGCCAAUUCGCCGAAGGUAUGCCUUACGGGUUCAUCUUGUGUCCUCGGCAGAUAUAUGAAUGGCAGUGAGAGCGAUUCAUUUGAAGCCUUCUUGGGCAUACCAUACGCCAAACCACCCAUCGGUGAUUUGAGAUUUAGCAAUCCUGAAGAAACUAAGCUAUGGAAUGGCACGUUAUCAGCAAUAAAUUCUACGCCUGAUUGUAUACAACGUGAUUAUAUCAAUGUCACAAAACGUAUCGGCGGAUCAGAGGAUUGCCUGUAUUUGAAUAUAUAUCGCCCCUUGCACGGUGCCGGUGGAGAAUUGCCAGUAAUGCUCUUCAUUCACGGUGGUGGAUUUUUUACCGGCUCUCCGAGUCCCAACAGUGUGGGACCGCAAUAUUUUAUGGAUACGAGUGAUGUAAUUCUAGUAGUGCCCGCCUAUCGUUUGGGUCCAUUUGGUUUCCUAUCUACUAACGAUGAACAGAUGACGGGAAAUUAUGGACUUAAAGAUCAGAAAUUAGCACUACAAUGGGUUCAAAAGUACAUUUCGGCUUUUGGCGGUGAUCCCGAUCGUGUGACUAUUUUCGGCCAUAGUGCUGGCGGUUCAUCUGUCCAUUUACACUUAAUGAAUAACAAUAAAGAGGGUCUCUUCAGUAACGCUAUUAUGAUGAGUGGCGUCGGGAACUCACCAUUCGCUUUGCCAGUAAACGAUCCUAGAGACCAAGUCGUUCAACUGGCUAAAGCUGCUGGUGUAACAGAAGCUGAGAAUCUAAGUUCCGCUGACCUAGUUCAAGCAUUGCGAUCAAUCAAACCGGAAGACUUGCUACUAGCCGCCGAUGAUCUUAAGCUUUGGGCUGAGCAACCCCUUGUAGUAUUCCGCCCGAAUAUUGAAAAUGACACCUGGCCUGGUGCAUUCUUAACAAAAGAUCCAUUGGACCCAUUUAUACCGAACACUGAUAUACCGUGGAUGGUUGGUAAUGCACCUGCCAAGGGUGAGGGUUUGGUUAUAGCACUUCGAUUAGCAAGCAAUAAGAAUCUACAGAACGAAUUAAAUGAAAACUUUAGCCAGAGGCUAAGCAUUACAUUGGGUUUGUCUGCUACAUGUGACACAGAAGAAGUGAUAGAUUCGUUGGUAACAGAGUAUAUGGAUGGUAAACACGAAUUGAAUAAUGAUACGUUAAAUGGCUUUUUAGAGCUUUUGGGAGACCGCUAUUUCAUACACCCAACUUACAGACUUUUAAAAUAUAAUGUCAAUUCUAGUCGCAGUGAUUUAAGAGGAAUAAUACAUUUUGACUACCGCGGACCCUAUUCAUAUACGCCAUAUUUUACAAAUAGCUCACAAGAUUUCGGUACUGCACACUACGAUGAUUCGCUGUUUCUGUUUGAUGGGCCAGUUGGAUUAUCAAAUGGUUAUUCACAGCAGUCUCCUGAGGCAGCGUUAGUUAAACGCUAUGUGAGGCUAUAUCAGUCUUUUGCCGAAAAUGGUUAUUCAGAUGAAUUUGCUGGCAUCGAAAGGUGUAAUAAUUUAAAUUUUCCGAAUUGUGAAUAUUUAUCGAUCGUAAAAGAUGAGGAGCCGUUCCAAACCAGCAAUUCUUGGGAUAUUGAACGAAUGGCAUUGUGGGACCAAAUAUAUGAUUCUUAUUCUCAAACAAUUGCUAGAGUUAAUCGAAUUGUUGCAGUAAUGAAAGAAAUUACUUUGUUGUUAACGUGUUUGGUGUACUGUUCGUAUAUCGGUCCGAUACGCGCAAAUUUACCGAAGGUAUGCUUUGCGGGUUCAUCCUGUGUGCUCGGCAGAUAUAUGAGCGGCUAUGAGAGCUAUUCAUUUGAAGCUUUUUUGGGCAUACCAUACGCCAAACCACCCAUCGACGAUUUGAGAUUUAGCAAUCCUGAAGAAGCGGAACUAUGGGAUGGCACCUUAUCAGCACUAUAUCCUAAACCUGAUUGUAUACAACGUGAUUAUAUCAAUGUAUUAAAACCGAUUAGCGGUUCAGAGGAUUGCCUGUACUUGAACAUAUAUCGGCCCUUGCACAAAGCCGGUGGAGAAUUGCCAGUAAUGUUUUACAUACACGGUGGUGGCUUUUUUAGCGGUUCACCUAGUCCUAGCAAUGUAGGACCCCAAUAUUUUAUGGAUACGAGUGAUGUAAUUCUAGUAGUGCCCGCCUAUCGUUUGGGUCCAUUUGGUUUCCUAUCUACUAACGAUGAAGAGAUGACGGGAAAUUAUGGGCUUAAAGAUCAGAGAUUAGCACUACAAUGGGUUCAAAAGUACAUUUCGGCUUUUGGAGGUGAUCCCGACCGUGUGACUAUUUUCGGUCAUAGUGCUGGCGCUGCAGCUGUUCACUUACACUUAAUGAAUAACAAUAAAGAUGGUCUAUUCAGUAAAGCUAUUAUGAUGAGUGGCACCGCAAACUCACCAUUCGCUUUGCCAUUAAACGAUCCUAGAGACCAAGUCGUUCAAUUGGCUAAAGCUGCAGGUGUAAGAGAAGCUGAAUAUCUAAGUUCCGCUGGCCUAGUUCACGCAUUGCGAUCAAUCAAACCGAAAACCUUGCUACGAGCUAUUGAUGAUCUUAAAAUUUGGGCUGAGCAACCACUUGCAAUUUUCCGCCCGAAUGUUGAAAAUUACGCCUGGACUGGUGCAUUCUUGAAAAAUGACCCAAGAUAUCCCUUUAUACCGUUUGGAACGGACAAUGAUAUACCUUGGAUCGUUGGUAAUGCACCUGCCAAGGGUGAGGGUUUGGUUAUAGCACUUCGAUUGACAACCAAUAAGAAAUUGCGGACAGAGUUCAAUAAAGAGUUUAGCAAAAAAUUGAGCAUUAUGCUGGACUUGCCUCCUACAUGUGACACAGAAGAAGUGAUAGAUUCGUUGGUAACAGAGUAUAUGGAUGGUAAACGCGAAUUAAAUGAUGAAACAUUGAGUGGCUUUUUGGAGCUUUUGGGAGACGCUUAUUUCGUACACCCAACAUACAUGCUUUUACUUUAUAAUUUCGGUUCUAACCGCACGGAUUUUAGAGGAAUAAUCAAUUUUGACUAUCGCGGACCCUAUUCAAAUUCGAAAAUAUUUACAAAUAGCUUAAAAGAUUUUGGCACUGCACACGUUGAUGAUUCGCUGUUUCUGUUUGAAGGGCCACAAGGAGUGUCGUAUGGUUAUUUAAAGAAGUCUCGUGAGGCAGCGUUGGUUAAACGCUAUGUGAGGCUAUACAAGUCUUUUGCCGAAAAUGGAUAUAUGAGCGGCUAUGAGAGCUAUUCAUUUGAAGCUUUUUUGGGCAUACCAUACGCCAAACCACCCAUCGACGAUUUGAGAUUUAGCAAUCCUGAAGAAGCGGAACUAUGGGAUGGCACCUUAUCAGCACGAUAUCCUAAACCUGAUUGUAUACAACGUGAUUAUAUCAAUGUAUUAAAACCGAUUAGCGGUUCAGAGGAUUGCCUGUACUUGAACAUAUAUCGGCCCUUGCACAAAGCCGGUGGAGAAUUGCCAGUAAUGUUUUACAUACACGGUGGUGGCUUUUUUAGCGGUUCACCAAGUCCUAGCAGUGUAGGACCCCAAUAUUUUAUGGAUACGAGUGAUGUAAUUCUAGUAGUGCCCGCCUAUCGUUUGGGUCCCUUUGGUUUUCUAUCUACCAACGAUGAAGAGAUGACGGGAAAUUAUGGACUUAAAGAUCAGAGAUUAGCACUACAAUGGGUUCAAAAGUACAUUUCGGCUUUUGGCGGUGAUCCCGAUCGUGUGACUAUUUUCGGUCAUAGUGCUGGCGCUGCAGCAGUCCAUUUACACUUAAUGAAUAACAAUGAUGAAGGUCUAUUCAGUAACGCUAUUAUGAUGAGUGGCGCUGCAAACUCACCAUUCGCUUUGCCAUUAAACGAUCCUAGAGACCAAGUCGUUCAACUGGCUAAAGCUGCUGGUGUAAGAGAAGCUGAAUAUCUAAGUUCCGCUGGCCUAGUUCACGCAUUGCGAUCAAUCAAACCGAAAACCUUGCUACGAGCUAUUGAUGAUCUUAAAAUUUGGGCUGAGCAACCACUUGCAAUUUUCCGUCCGAAUCUUGAAGAUAAGUGCUGGAAUGAUGCAUUUUUAACGAAAAACCCAAGAGAACCAUAUAUACCGUUUGGAACAGACAAUGAUAUAUCUUGGAUCGUUGGUAAUGCACCUGCCAAGGGUGAGGGUUUGCCUAUGGCACUUCGAUUGACAACCAAUAAGAAAUUGCGGAAAGAGUUCAAUAACGAGUUUAGCAAAAGAUUGAGCAUUAUGCUGGACUUACCUCUUGCAUGUGACAAAGAAGAUGUGAUAGAAUCAUUGGUAACAAAGUAUAUGGAUGGUAAACGUGAAUUGAAUGAUGAAACAUUGGAUGGCUUUUUGGAGCUUUUGGGAGACGCCUAUUUCGUAUACCCAACUUACAGGCUUUUGAAAUAUAAUGGCGAUUCUAACCGUACUGAUUUUAGAGGAAUAAUAAAUUUUGACUAUCGCGGACCCUAUUCAUAUUCGAAAAUAUUUACAAAUAGCUUAAAAGAUUAUGGCACUGCACACGUUGAUGAUUCGCUGUUUCUGUUUAAAGGGCCACAAGGAGUGUCGUAUGGUUAUUUAAAGAAGUCUCGUGAGGCAGCUUUGGUUAGACGAUAUGUGAGGCUGUUUCAAUCUUUUGCCGAAAAUGGUGCGCCUGAGGCUCAGACGUUUCAACAACAAAAAUCAAAACAAAAUCACUUAACAAAAAAAAAGAAAAAAAAAAACAUCAUGACUGCUUCAUUAGCUAGAACCGAUGUGUCACUGCCAUCGAAUACUACGCUCUUGCCCACCAUACCACGUCCAUUAAAAUUAUGGCAGAUAAUCUUCAUGAUCUCCAGACUUAUAACAAUGACAUGUAGUCAAACAACAACAACAGCAAUGGCUCCGUUGUUUAUGCCGCCGACUUUGCCGAAAGUUUGCCUAUACGAAAUGGGUUGCUUGCAGGGCAAGCAUAUGCCUGGUUUAGGUGUACACAAUUUCGAGGCAUUUCUGGGCAUACCGUACGCUUUACCGCCAGUGGGUGAGCGGCGCUUUGCGAUUCCCAAAGCAUUUCCACGCUGGUGGGGUAUGUUGGACGUGACCGCGCCGAAGCAGAAUUGUGUGCAAAAGAAUUACAUACUACCAAAUCCGGUGGUGGAAGGCGUUGAAGAUUGCCUUUACUUGAAUAUCUACAGACCAAUAACAGACGCCAAACAGUUACUGCCCGUUAUGGUUUAUAUACAUGGUGGCGGCUGGUUUAGUGGCAGUGCCAGUCCACUAUUACAUGGUCCCGAAUAUAUUAUGGAAGCCAAAGAGAUCAUCUUGGUAUCCAUGGCUUAUAGAUUAGGACCAUUUGGCUUUCUCUCAACCGACGAUGCCAAUAUGCCCGGCAAUCUGGGUCUUAAAGAUCAAAAUUUGGCGCUGCGUUGGAUUAAACUCAAUAUCGGCGCUUUUGGCGGCGAUCCGGAGAAGGUAACCAUAUUUGGGCAAAGCGCUGGUGCCAUUUCCGUGCACCUGCACAUGCUGAGUCGUCAAUCCGAAGGUCUCUUUCGUAGCGCUAUCACUAUGAGCGGCACCGCAAAUGUACCAUUUGCCAUUAAUGACGCACCGCUGCAACAGACUCGUGACAUCGCACGGUUUUGUAACAUCAGUAAUGUAGAAGAGCUGAGCACCGCUAAACUCACACGCGCUUUACGUGCGUUGAGCGCCGAAGACAUAAUUAAUGCCGGAGAUAAACUCAAAUAUUGGAAUGUGGAUCCCAUGACGAAUUUCCGUCCAAUCGUCGAGAAGCACGGCGACGGUCAUGCAUUUCUAACACAACAUCCUGUGAAAAUAAUGAAUGAGGCUAAAUACACGCCUGUGCCAUGGCUGAAUGGUGGCGUACCGGGUGAGGGGGCAGUUCGUGUGUUCUCCAUCUUAGCCAAUGAAACGCUAAGAGAACAAUUCAAUGCGAACUUUCACGAGCUGUUCGAAAAGCUGCUCGAGUUUCCAACGCACUUUACGCGUGAGCAGUUGACUGUAAAGACGCAGCUGGUCAUCGAUGAGUACUUUGGGGGACGACCGGUAAUCGAUAAUACAACCGCGCAGGGUUUCCUUGACUGCAUCAGCGAUCGCGGUUUUCAUCAUCCCUUCUACAAUGCCAUCCGUGCUUAUGUGCAUACAGUCGAUGUGAAAAAGUAUCCGGUCUAUUUGUACAAACUCAGUUACAAAGGUCAUCAUAGCUUUACGAGCAUUUAUACGGGCGGCGUGCCAAUCGGCGAAUUCGGUUCGGUACAUUGUGAUGAUCUAAUUUAUACCUUCCGUGCGCCUGUCAUAUUUGCCGAUUUUAAGCAGAGCUCGGCAGAUGCGUCUCUAGCCACGUACUUUACCCGGAAUCUCGUUCAUUUCGCCAAAUAUGGCAAACCGUUGAAUGUAGACGCCUUAAAACCAUGCACGGCCGCUACAUUUGACCAGAAAUCGGAUGCAAUUUGUGAUUAUCAAGAAUUUUCGAAUUCUGGCAAUGAUUCUUUCAAAACUUCCACAAACAACAAGUUUAACGUGAAGCGUGCAAAACUAUGGAAUGCGAUUUUGGAAAUAGAUGAUUAGUUAAAAUUAGACUGAGGUUCGUUAGAGCAGUUAUUUAUAGAAUUUAGUAAUGUACAUAGUAUCUUAAAAAAGUGAGCGCAAAACUCACACAAGCUGAGAUUUUAGUAUUAGCAUUUAGAUUUUUUAUUGAGCAUUUAUAUGCAUAUAUUUAUAUAGAUUUUUAUGUCAUAGUAGAUUUUGUAGAAAAAUAUUAAUUAUUCUAACGUAGUCAUAUAUCAUAUAGUUUAAGAUUAUACAUAUUUAUUAUAUAUGGGUGCUUAUCAGUUCUGAAGAUUUUUUUGUAUAAUAAGUUCGUCCCUUGUUUUUUAAAUAUUAUAAUUUGUAUAUUCAGUACUCUAUAACUACCAAUAUAUUUUAUUGUUAUAAAGAGUGUCUAAUAAAAAAAAUGCAAAAUAAAGCUGCCAAAAU